AUGAUUAGAAGAUAAAAUUACUUACCCAAAAUCCUAUAAAUUAUUCAAGAAAAAAAGAAAGCUCUCAUUCAAUAAUAGCAAUCUCUCUAAAUUCCAGAAUAAAACCUUAACUAAUAUUCAAAAAUGUCUUACAUGAACAUUAAGAAUGAAUUUAAUACGCUAAAAUAUUUUACAUGA